AUGAAGGUUGUUGCUGCAUAUUUGUUAGCUGUACCGGGAAGCAAAACCAACCCAUCAGCUGCUGAUAUUAAAAAAAUCCUUGCUUCCGGUACCUUUAACCCAAACCUUUACCUUUUUUCUUGCUUUUAUUUCCUUUUAUCUGUUUUCAGUAUCUUUGGAGCUGAAGCUGAUGAUGACAAGAUUCAACUUCUAUUGUAUGAGAUGAAGGGAAAAGAUGUGACGGAACUUAUUGCAUCUGGGAGGGAAAAGCUUGCCUCAGUUCCCUGUGGUGGAGGUGUUGGCGUAGUAGCCGCCGCACCUGGGGCAGGUGCUGCUGCUGCCGCCACUCCAGCUGCAGCUGAGGCUAAGAAAGAAGAGAAAGUGGAGGAGAAAGCGGAAUCCUCGGACGAUGAUAUGGGCUUCAGUCUCUUCGAUUGA